AUGAUGGCUCUUCAGCCAGUACUAAAAUUCAAAAAUUGGUGUUCAAGCUGUGUGGAAUGUCUAAUCAGUGGUAGGACUGAAUGGAAUGAUGAACAUCUUGCAAUCCUCAAUGCUGAUAAAACUUUUGAUGACGAAUCUUUGAAAGGAAUGUUAGCAGCACUCACAUUCAUAUUGGAAAAAACGACGAAAAGUGCGUGUUCAACUCGAGAUCUUGAACUGGAAAUGCAACAGUUGGGUCUUCCUGCAGAACACUGCAAACAGUUGACAAAGGUUUAUGCGAUGAAUUUAGAAAAAUUAAAAAAUGCUUUAUUAUUCAAUUUUCCUCGUGCUUCAUCUCUUGCGAUUUCUUCAGUGGAUGCCAAGGAAGGAGAGAAUGGAAAGGUAUAUAUAAUGAAUUUGCACUCUAAUAACCAGGAAGAUAUAUCGAUAAUAUUGAACGACACGAAACUAAACUACUUGGUUCAAGAACUAUCGCAGGCAAUGGAUAUCAUUCGGCCGUUCGUUCGAAAUACCACAAGUGAUACUCAUUGA